AUGGCGCUUCAAGACGUGUUUGAGGAUUUCAAGAAAAGCAAGGCUGUGCUAAAAAAAGUUCACCAUGACACGGUAAAAUGCUUCGAUGAAAUCGUUCGAAAGCUUUCCGUUAAAGGUACUGCAGAAAUUGCGGAAGAACUUCGCUACUCAACCUCACCCGUGCAAGCUUCUCCAGACGAAGUUCGAGUAAUGGCUCAAACAGUGGCAAUGGCGGAUGUUCAUCUAGAGUUCGAUAACGCCUUUGCUGAGCUGCUUUACACACCUAAGGAGAAGAAGGAAGUUACCGAUUUGUUUGAUCAGGAGCCGGCGCUCAUUUUUGUCGGGCAAACCAACUGCGGGAAAAGCUCCAUAAUCAACGAGCUCCUAGGUUGUGAAGUGUCUUCCUAGUAGUAUUGUGGGGUUGUAAACAAAAUAAAAUAACUAUUUGACCUUGUUUUGUUAUUAAGUUUUGAAUAAUUAGCAGAUUAGAAACAAGUAGAUUAUUCGCUCUCUAUUUCUAUGCGUGAAAGAGAUCUAAUAGUUAAUACUGAUUUUUCUUUACACAGUCUUACCAUCAAUUAAUACCAAUUGUCAUUUAUUUCCUUGCCAGGAUAGAGAGGUCCUGAAUGAAAUGACAUCCUCAGGGACCGAUUUAUCAAUAUUUUUCGUUGUUAGCAAACUAGAACCGGAAGAUCGUACCGAAUCAUCAGAUGAGGACGAUGAACCAAGAGGUCAUGCAGCACCAGUGAAGGCGUGGAAAAAGCGAGAGCUCGAAGUACAGAACAGAAAGAAGACACGGGUGUACGAGCGGCUUGUCAAAAACGGCCAUUUUCCUUCUCAACUGCCCAUGAAUCAAAACGAGCGAUUCCAUGGGAUGUCAGCUUGGCGCAUCCAGCAGUACCACGCUUUGAAGAAGAGAAAUCCCGAAGCUUCUUCCGAGGAGUUUACAGAUUACACUCAAGCCUUUGAGAGAUUUCAAAACAGCUUGAAAGAGUUCACCGAAGAAUCUCUACGUGCAAGGGUAAAGUGUGUGUGCAAAACCCUCGUGCGCGUUCUAUCCAGAUGCUUGGAUUUCAGUCUUCAUUCAGAAAGCCAAUGUUUUGAAAAGGGGAAAGAAGCAAAUAUUGAAGACGUUGGAAACACUUUUGCGCGAGGAACAGCAAGUUCACGACAACAUAAUCCGCGACCUGAAGGACGAAAAGCAGGCCAUGGAUAUACAAGAACUGCUCAGUGA